UACUGCUGGCUGCACGGCGCGUAUUCAAUCACACUGCGCUUCGGACUCCAGGAGCGAUGGCAUUCUGUUCUAUCGGCUGCCUUUUGGUUUUGGUCGCUCACUAUGGGCUGGCGGAACCAGUAACUGACUCUGUCCCGCCGUUACACACCGCGGAACCGGGCGGGAAUAUCACGCUGAAAUGCGGAGUAGAUCCAAGUAAAAUAAACCAAUAUGUAACUGUUUGGGUUAACUGGUACCGGCAGGAGCCGGACGGGCGAAUCCAGAUCGUCACAUCCCUGAUCACGGGCUACUUAAAAGAGGGUCGGUAUUCCGGAACACUCGACAGCAAGAACGGACAGUAUAAUUUAACCAUUGCGGACCUCCAAAGAACCGACUCGGCCGUGUAUUUCUGUAUAGCGGAAGCAGCUCUCGAAUUCGCACCUGGAUCCAGCACCAAACUCGUUGUAUCAGACCCGCUGACUGUCCCGAGUGUGGAGUUAUACUCUCCGGGUCUGUCUGAAGGCGAUUCGGACUGGACCGAGCCGGUUCCGGUGCUGUGUUUGGUGAGAGACACGUCUCCGGGGCGGCACCGAGUCCUCUGGACUAUCGGCGCCGAGGCAGCCGCGCCGGGCAGCGCGGGGGAGGGAGAGAUCGAACCCGACGGGUCCUAUAGCGUGCGCAGCUACGUCACAAUCAGCGCGGAUCAAUGGAACAGCGGCGCUAUAAAGUGCGAGGCUUACAACGUCAAAAACGUCACAGAAAAAGUCUCCGCGUCACUCCGAAGCCAAGAUUGCGUUCCUGUGUUGUUUUACGGACUGCCCGCCGUUCUCCUGCUAAUUCUGGUCGUGGUGUGUGUGGCGUGUGUUUACAGAAGACUUCAUAAAACUAAAACCGAUCACAAGUCCAGCGACACGCCCUGCCGUCCCCAGCGCCCCGCCCGACACAGAACAGUCCAGGAUUACUCGACGGAGUACGCAUCGCUCAAUCUGUGACGGGCUCCACAAAGCACUGCGCCCAUCUUCAAAUGCAGCCGUGGACAGAGAGAGAGAGAGAGAGAGAGAGAGAGAGAGAGAGAGAGAGAGAGAGAGAGAGAGAGAGAGAGAGAGAGAGAGAGAGAGAGAGAGAGAGAGAGAGAGAGAGAGAGACAGAGAGAGAGAGAGAGCUCUGUAUACUCUUUCAAUUCCAAGUCAAAUUCACUGUGCAGAUACAGUUGUGUGCUUGCACUUUGUAACUAUGCAUAAUACCACUGUAAUGAUGUGCCAGUCCGCAUGCAUUUACCAAAUACACAGCAAUGAGAGACACUUCAUGUCAAAUAUUACCCAUUUGUAUUGAAAUGAACCUUAAAUAGCUGGACUCAAAUUCAAGCAAGCCUCUCAUGCUGCACGCCCACAAUUUUUUUUUUCUUUCUUUGUAAACAUCUUGUAUAUUAUUAUGAUAUCAUAUAAAACAUAUAUUUUGCUGUAAUACUAAUAAUAGUCACUGUAUUUGAAUAAUUGUACAUUUAAAUAAUAAUAAUA